CAUUCUAAACCUUAAAUGACAGAUCUGUACAUGCUUCCUGAAUGAUCCCUGAUUAGAUGGCGAUAAAAGACAUAGGUUUACUUUGUGGAAACAGGAAAACCUUUCAACUCGGGUCUUGACAUUUUGAGUGAAAGUUUGAGAAAUUGAGUUGGUGUAUGCGGCAGUCAAAGUGGGGCAUGGCUGAAUUUCCAUCUACAUUGGAGCUUUCUGAACAAAUCUGAAUGUAUGUCCAAACUCCUCACCCUCAGUGCUGACAUUUCUGUGGAAAAUUCUGAGUUGCACUAAAGCAGAAAAUGGCAUUUAGUGCAGUUGUGUGACAGAGGGGCAGUGGUGGGAAGCUGUGGGCACACUUGCAGGCAUUCAUGCUGUCUCUAUUGGUGGGGGGAAGGAGUGCAUUUGGAACCGCUAGGCUUCCUGUGUGGGGUCAAUUAAAUACUGCAUGAGACAGAGCACUAAAAGCCCGUCCCGUGAGGAGCGAAGUGCUUUGUGUGUUUGUGUGCGUGUGUGUAUGUGCAUGCAUAUGUGUGUGUGUCCGUGUUGGCGCAUCACUGUGCAAUGCCUUGAUUAAAUUUGAUGAACCAAGAAUGUUGAGAGGGCCAAAGAUUCCAGUUUAGCUUCUCUGAGUUCCUGUUUAGAAAGCCUACCUUUUUUAAAUUAUUACAAAGUCAGAAUGUAAAGAAGUACACUAUUUAAUUUUUUCAUGUGACAUCUUUAUGUUUGGCUGGUCUUAUCUAGGACAUCGCUCUGUUUCUACUAUUUUAAACAUCUCCAAAUGGCUUUCUUGGCUGUAACAUCUGCAAACGCACAAAUUACUUUUAUUGUGAUAAACCAUCCCUAUGUAGUCAUUACAAAUGUUUAAGACUCAAAUUUGAAAGAAAACACACCGUUUUUAGAUGCAAAGCUGGAAUGUGUGAAUAUGUAGGGCGCCAUUACAUAUUGAUAAGUCUGACAUUCUCUCUGUUAGCUCAGCCCACUAGUCAAGAAACACCAAUUAGGCCUAACUCAAAACCUAGAGCCUAAAUCAGGUCAGCUUCGAAAAAACAUAUCUGAUUUAAUGAAGGAUGCUGCAGAGGGAUGUGCCAUUCUGUGCUGCACUGUAGGUACACAGCUUUAUGUGGGUUAGCUCCAGCUUCUCUACACUUUGAAGCAGUUUGGUGAAGUCAGGUUGAGCGAUCCCUUGGGGAGAUGAAAGCCUAAGUAUGCACAGCAAAGCCGGCAAGGCCGAGUCGGCAGCGUGGAUGAAAGAUAGAGAUUCCUGGCCAAGCACGCUGCAUCAUGCUCCUCUUCCUCUACUGUAUGCCAACUUCACUGUCGACCAAUCUGUGAUAAUUCACGUCAUCACAUUGUCGUCAUUGCAUCUGUAGCACUUUGUAGCACUCUUUGCAGUUGACUAACACAAGAUGUCCUCUUUUCUCAAACCUCGACUCGAAUGGAUGUAACUCUGUGCCUUUUGUCAGAAAGCAGUGGUGUAGUGGAAAUGACUUCGAAGUGCUUAUUUAUAGGCUGUCAAGGGCUCAUUACAGGCAGAGAGAAAGUAUCCUGAGGUAACAUUAGAGCAGGAGGAGGGUGGAGCCGCUCGGGACAGGAUGGAGUAUCAAUCUGGGUGGCUCUCCUAUUGAUCCACUCUGCCCUACUCUGGUUGCACUGUCAGGAGACCUUCUCUCUGGCUCUGGAUGAUCCACCUCUGCCGGUAAUGCUGCCUCAGCUCCCGCUGCACACAGAUUGUAAGGUGCCUCUUUACAAGUCAAAAGGUGCAGGCCUGUGCAGGUGACCGCAGAGUUUUUGUGCUUAAAUCUCCAGAUUUGUGGGGGGAAUCUGGACCCCUGUCUUCUCUGAUGCUGCCCUUUCGCAAGCCACUGAGUUCCCAGUUGGUGCAGAGCGUCUCAGUUGCUUACAGUAUGAAAGUGUGGUUGAGCUGCAGUGCUCAGCAAAAAAAUAAAUAAAGAGCUCAGUAUCAAACCUUAAUACUUUUUUAGCACCAACUGAAAUGUGUCUGUAUCAGCGCCAACAUAUAUCGAAAACAGUCAGGUAUUAAAGAUUGGCACUGAAUGUCAAAUCCACAGCCAUAGUUUAAUUAAUCUUGAAUCUGAUUUAAAACCAUAUUUUGCUUAUUUUAGAUUUUGUUCUGCUGCAUGUGUUCAGACUGUUUAUCAUUUGAGAACUGUAUCUUCUUUUGUUAAAUACAAAAGGGAAGGGGGACAAAUGUUUAUAUCCCUCAAAGUAAAGAACUGAAAAAUAGAAUUGUUUAUUAUCAGUACCACAACUCAGCACUGGUUUUGUCUUGAGAAUGAGAAUUAGCGUGUCACAGACCCAACAAUGGUUGGAAAAUUACAUCAAGUUUUAAAUCACUUUCUCUACUUUUCCUUCUGUCCACAUAGUCAGACUUGUUUCUUUGUGUAAUCGUGUUUCUCUUAUUACCUCGUUUGCGGAGGCCUGUGUGAACUUUGAAGAGAAGUGCUAAAAAAAGAAACAUUAUGAAGAACACCUGCAUCACAUUAUCAGGAGGAUUGAACAACACUCGAUUUAAUAUUAACCUGCCGGAAAGGAGAAGCAAAUUGCUACAGAGACUUACUACAUGCUGAACAGACAAGCCUCAGAGGCUGUCUGUUCUUGUUGUCCAUAUAGGCACUUUGUUCACAUUCAGAUGGGCUAUCUGGCAUCAGUGAAUAUAGCUGAGCCAGUCUCAAAUCUGCUUUGCUCUUUCUUGAGGGAAUUCAUCAAAACUCAGUGAACUUUGACAAUCCUUCGCUAUCCUCUCCCCACUGCCAACCCCAGUCUGUGAUGGGAGGAGUGGAAGGAGAGGAGAAGAGAGCUAUAUUUAGACUGACUGAACAGCAAAAAAAUGACAAAAAGAAAAGAUUCUGCUGUUAAUCUCUGGUCCUAUUGUUCUAAUGUGCCGACAGUCCUCCUCCCUCCCUCUUUUUCUUUUUUGUCCCUCUGUUUUCAUCACAAUGUUUCACCUUUUUCCCUUUAUCAUUCCUUCUCCCUCUCUUCAAUUUGAUUUAAAGAGCUUUAACAGUUAACAUUGGCAGAGCAGACAAAUUAUGUGAUAAACAUUUAUUUUUUACUUUCUGGGACUUUUCUUAGUGUUUAAUUUCUCACCGUUUUUCUCCAUCAAUCUUAUUUGCUUUUCAGGGAUUCUUUCUCUUUGCUCAUAUCUUUCUGUUUCUAGCUCUGUUUGUUUCCUGUGGUUUCGCUCCCUCUCCAUUUUCGCAUUCCUCUCCCACUGUGUGAAAGGCUGUUAGUCAAUGGCUGCUGCUUCAUGCACAACACUAACGAUGAAAAUAGUCUCCUUAUCUGUUCCAGAGGAAUCUGAGGGAGGUAGUUGCUCAAACUACAAUGAUAUGUGUUUGUGUGUGAGAGCAUGUGUGUGUGUUUGAAAGCUUGCCUGCUUGCAUCCCUUUAAUUUUAAAAAGCCAAGUAGAAAUAUAGCCCUGAGACAUUUUUUACUAAAAGCCCUGGUGGAGUGCACUUAAUUCUUAAGCAGCCAAAGUUGAAUGAGGGUGAGGGAGCGCAUGCUGCCAGCAUAAUGGUUGCAAAGAAAGGUCCUCAGUGCCUGGGGCAACCUGGAGAGCAGGCAUGCAGCCCUGGCGUGCCUGGAACAACGAGGCUGUCUCCUACAAUAGAGACCCCUCUGCUGGAUUAUUACUGUAAGAUGUCUGAUGGACUCUAGAUGGCUGCAUGCUGACUCACCGCUGCAUUUCUGUUCUGUAGGCUCAUGCAUCACCUUCCUGUCAGGAGGAUGGUGCAGGGCAGGCAGACAGGCAGGCGGACAAAGCCCUGCCUUCCCUUUUCCUCUCCUCUCCCUCUGUUCAUUUCUCCAUUCGUUUCCUCCUCUCGUUCUGGCUCCCUGUCCUCCACAAGCUUCACACCCUUUGUGUUCUUUGCUUUUGAAACAGUCACCUGUUAAGCAAAGAUAGCUACUAAUUAGCAGAGGAAUUAUAAACUAAGUUGCCACUCAGCAUUUUCUUGCUUGGCUAUUGUUACAGUAUUACACUAUCACUUUGCAUGUCUUACAUAACUGCUCAGUCUUUGUUCUAUCUUAUUUAUAGAAGUUCUCAUCUGUGCUCAGUGAAAAAAUUAUACUCUGCAGUUGGUGAUUAAGCACCAGACCAACCUGUUUUAUCACUUUUUCAAGAUCUCUUAAAGCAGGAAUUGACAUAUGAGAAAUGUAUGCAAAAACUUGGAAGGGGUGUGAUACAUGAGAUUUGUGGUUUGUGGUGGGGAGACUCAGAGGAGAGGAGAGGAGAGGAGAGGAGAGGAGAGGAGAGGAGAGGAGAGGAGAGGAGAGGAGACGAGACGAGAUUGCGACGGUGUAUGAAACCAGAGGAAUGCUCUUUUUAUUUCAUGAGGGCUGAAAAGCUGAAGAAACCCACUGUACUUUACCAGUACGCGGGCGUGUACACACCAGUGCUGCAGUCAGGUGUGCAUCAAUUUUGUAUAGGAAAUGGCUGUUGAGGCAGCGCAGCAACGUCAGCUGUGAAGCACUUAGGCUGAGCGUGCCACCCUCUCUCUCCCACCCUGUAACCACGGGCUGAGGGGAGGAGGGCUCUGCCUUUUCUGUGCAAUGGGGGAGAAGAGAGCGCUGGCAGCAGAAUCAUGUCUGCCUCCGACUCAAGCGCUACAGGACUCAUCUGUAACAAGGGUUCAGCCGAUUCCUACACUAGUCGACCUUCUGAUUCCGACCUGUCCCUGGAGGAGGACCAGGAGGCGUCUCGGCGUGAAGCCGAGCGCCAGGCUCAGCUGCAGCUAGAGAGAGCCAAGUCUAAACCAGUAGCAUUUGCAGUGAAAACCAAUGUGAGUUACUGUGGGGCCCUUGAUGAAGAUUGUCCAGUCCAAGGAGCCGCUAUUAAUUUUGAAACCAAAGACUUUCUGCACAUAAAAGAGAAAUACAACAAUGAUUGGUGGAUUGGUCGUCUGGUGAAGGAAGGAGCAGACAUCACUUUCAUCCCGAGCCCAGUCAAACUGGAGGCAAUGAGGAUAAAACAAGAGCAGAAAGCAGCAGCAAGGAAAGGAGGGAACGCUUCAUCCGGAGGCUGGAGGUCCACCCCACCAUCUGCAGCCAAACAGAAGCAGAAACAGACUGAACAUGUUCCCCCAUAUGACGUGGUCCCUUCCAUGCGGCCGGUGGUGCUGGUGGGCCCUUCGCUGAAAGGCUAUGAGGUAACCGACAUGAUGCAGAAAGCCUUGUUUGACUUCCUGAAGCACAGAUUUGACGGCAGGAUCUCUAUUACACGGGUGACUGCUGAUCUGUCACUGGCGAAGCGCUCUGUGCUGAACAAGAAGGCCAUAAUGGAGAGAUCCAACACGCGCUCCAGUCUGGCUGAGGUCCAGAGUGAGAUAGAGAGGAUCUUUGAGCUGGCCAAGUCUCUUCAGCUGGUCAUCCUGGAUGCAGACACCAUCAAUCACCCGGCACAGCUCCUCAAAACUUCUCUGGCUCCCAUUGUCGUCUAUGUCAAAGUCUCCUCACCUAAAGUUCUUCAGAGGCUGAUCAAAUCCCGAGGGAAGUCACAAAGCAAACACCUCAACGUCCAGAUGAUGGCAGGGGACAAGCUGGCUCAGUGUCCACCUGAGAUGUUUGAUGUCAUCCUGGAUGAGAACCAGCUGGAAGAUGCAUGUGAACACCUUGCGGAGUACCUGGAAAUUUACUGGCGUGCCACGCAUCUCCCCUGUUCUGCCCCUGUUAACCCCUUACUGGACCAAAGUGUGAUCACACCACCCUCAGCUAACUCCAGCCAACAGUUUUCUGAGACUCAAGAGUUGAUAGAAUGAUUACUACAACAGACAUAGGAGCAGCCUGUGCUGUCAGCUGGGGUCAGACUAGGAGGUCAUAGAGCACAGGGACCAGGGUGCUACCAGGGGGCAGCAGCAGCCCUCAUCUCUCCAAAGCCAGCCACCACCUUCUCUGGCCACAAGAGAACAAGAGCAGAGUCCCCUUGAGAGAGAAAGAGCAGGAGGCUGGUGAGCUGCAGGAAGAGGAGAAACAUAACCAGGGAGAGGAGCUAGAGGAGGAGGAAGAUUUGACCAGCGCCACAACAGACAGAGGAGCCUCCACCUCACUGCUGCCCCCUCGGCUAAAGCUCCCUGCUCCCACCGCCACGCGACAACUCAGGGCCGCUUUCUACAGCUGCACGCCUACUGGUAACAAAAACCAGUAGGCUCAGGGCCGCUUUCUACAGCAGGGCAGUCACUGCACGCCGCCGUCCCUCACCCUCCCUCCUCCCACCCUGACCAUGUUCCCAACUCCCUUCUUUCACACUGAAAGUCACAACCCCUACCUGGCAAAGCUGAGCCAGCCCAUAUGUGAUCAGACACCCAGAAAUGGCUGUCCCAGACACAGAUAGGCUUAUUCAGCUCUCACUGUAGACAAAUUACAUACCUGUGAAAUCAGAGUAUUUUAGCAUACAGUGUAACACAAAAUACAAACACGAAUAGCUUCCUGUUGUAGGGUUUCCAGGGAUCUCUCUCUGAUUAACCUGACUUCCCCCUCUGGCCAAAGAGUGCAGAGAGUGACAGAAAACCAAUUCUGUGUCUUCCAUCCCUACAGCUCUCUGUGAGCUGUCAUUCCAUUUUAACCAAAUGUUUCCUCAAAGGCACUGUUGUUCCUUGCCUUGACUUCUUGUUUAUCCAGUAGCCUUUUUAAAGUAUCCUUUCCUUUUAUUUCAUUUUUUUUUACAGUUUGUGUUAGGGAUCAUCACUACCAUCUAUAAUCCCUAUCUUGGCCCUCAGUGUAGCUGAUCGCAUAUGUGUAUGCAACAGUGAUGCAAAACCCAUGCAUGGCAAGCACAGACUUACAAUCUAUAUGCAUCUUUUGUCACAGCUAUGAAUAUAUAAAUGCUGGUCUGUUGGCUUAGGAAGGAUUAUUUACAAUUACUGUGGUUUGUGUGCAGAUGGUUGGUGGCAAAUCCCAUAACAAAUGAAAAUGCAAUUUGAAAAGCUGUGCAUCAAUUUAAUCAUUUCAACUAAUUAUAUGUAUGUCACUUGUUGCAGUAGCCUAUGCAUUUUUAAUCUCGAAGAAAUAAAAACAUCUUCUUUCUGAAACAAUAUUCGGUCCACCCAGAAGUAUAAUUUGUAGCAUAACCAGGUAUCAAGCGAUCGACUGAUAUCUAAUACAUGUUGUUUGGCUUAUGAUGACUUUAAAGUGAAAGCUUGAGAUAAGUGUAUAGAUUAAUAAUACAAUUAAAGGUUACCUCAGCGUGUGUGCUGAAUGUAAUUCUUAGUAAUACUAGCACUAAACUAAAAUAAACAAAUCACCACAAACUACAGAGUCAAGAAAAUCUCUGCAUUUUUUUUUUACUAUGUCAGUGGGAUCAUUUAAAUUCCACACUUCACUGCUACUCAGUGGGGGAAUGAUAACUGGUGAUGUGGGUGGACUAUACAGUCCCAGUUUCUCUUUUGAUGGUAGGGUGAGUUUAGAUAUCAAUGGGGCUUCAAAAUUUAGUUGCUCAGUGGAAAAGAAGUAGCAAUGCCCUGUACACUUGCACCCACCCUCCACUACACCACCGCGCUACAAAACUGAGACUUCUUUAUCACCCCCGAAGGGACAUUCAGGUCUCUGAGCACAUUGACAGAUUGUGAAGGGUCACAUCCUAAUAAGCCCAGUAAAUUAUUUAAUUAUCUUUUGGCAUAAACAGCUAAACCCCGCAUGUAUGCUGCAGGUUUAUAAACAUAUGUAGGGCGACCUCUGGUGGCAUAUUUAUGUUAUUCUCAUAUCCACCGUUACUUAUUUCUCUGACCAUUGCAAACAAACUGCAAGACAUAAAUUAAAUAUGUAUCCACAUAAAUUAAGAACAUGGACGACUUCCAGUCAUAAGGCUAGUUAAAUGUCUUUGCUGCAAAUACCAAAAGCUUAAUCCAAACUUUGCAUAGCCACCAGUUCUCUCUUUUGUCUUGAUUUAAUCAUCUAUUUGCCUCCAUUUCAUGUUUUACAGUACUCAAAAAACAUGAAUCUCAAUAAGCACUGUAAUUCCCACAUUAAUGCAUCUGCUUUUACCUUAUACAACUAUAGAGUACAGCAAACAUACCACAUGUGUAAAUAAUCUAUGUAUUUAUGUAUGUGCAUGACAUAUUGUAUUCCUGUUUCAUCAGAAGGGCUUUUUGGGACCAUCCUCACAUGAGCCAUUCACUCUUCAGAGCAACUCAACAUGACCUACAUAACCAGUCACGUGAAUACAUUAUCAAGGCCUAAUUGUACAUACUGUAUAUUCAAUAUGCAGAUCUUCUUAUCAAAUUGCACAGAAACAGCUAAUGCUGACAGAAAGUAGAAGGGUUUUAGUCACAGUACACAAUUCUAUAUUCAGCGCCUCAGAAAGCAUGUGCUUGUAUGUAUUUUCCUCUCUUUUUAGAAUGGUGCACUGCAGUUAUUUAGCACCAGCAUAAAGUUUGCUUCCACUGACACCCCCAUUCAUUUCUGAAGGACCAGGUUUGAGAUACAUAACUUCUACUUGAUGAAACACAGAGAGCAAAGUACCUUCUUUUGAUUAAAAAAAAUCAGCUCCUUCUGUUUGCUUAAUUUUAUUGCAGGAAAUUUCUACAAAAAGUGAAUUAUUCUUUGGAUGUCAAAGCACAAUUUUUUACCAUUAUCAUUUCCUAUUGCGUUUCACCUACCUAAAUUCUGUAUGCAAUAAAAAGUCUAGCAUUGACAAGACACUAGCUGAGACUAUCAAGAUAUCUCCUCAGUUAUGAUGGGGUAUAAUUGCACUAUUAUCAUUUAUAUGUCUGCUUUACGAUGCAAUAAAUGCACUAAACGUUAUGCUGUACCCGCCUCCAAUACUGAACAAGUUGUCUGGUCCAAUGAUGAUGUCAACAUUUCAUGUGGUUUCUGACAAGUCAGCAAGAUAAAUGAUAUCCAACAGUGUCUGAUGAUGAUGUGUACAGGGUGCGUCUUUUGUCAAUUGCACAACUGAAAGAGGGGGGUGAAUAAAACACAACAACAUUUAA